AUGGAAUCGGAUACGAAUGACGUCAAGCUGGUUGAGGAAAAUUGCGCGAUAUGUCUCGAGCCUGUGCAGGAUCGAUGUGUCCUGCCCAAAUGCUUUCAUUCAUGCUUUUGCUUUCAGUGUAUAUUGGAAUGGAUUCGAACACAGCAAGGCACGAAGCGGUGCCCGUUGUGCAAAGUGCCUCUGGGGCCCUAUAUUUUGCAUUCAUUAGACGCCUCAGAGCAUGAUGCUCUUCAACAUGUGAUUUCGAAAGACUCAGACUCCAUAUCCUCAACAGCAUUGGGGCCCUCCUCUGAUGAAGCUGACCUUAAUACUGUAGAGCCGCCACACGCCUCAGGCCGCGCGAUUUUUGAACAAGCUCGGCCAAGCUUAGAUGAUAUUCGGAUGCGUGAUGAAAGAAGGUUUCGACAAAAGCAGCGCGCUGCUUUAGCUUUUAGAAGGCAUGUCUACCGCCACAAUUUAUACGCUAAGCAUGUGGCCAGUAAUCGAUAUACCCGCUAUCGUCCGUACCCAGGUCCCAGUGGCUUUCGCCGGAACCCUGUGUAUGCACGGCUACUCUCGACGUUUCUACAGCGUGAGUUACAAGUGUGGCCGCAUGUGGACAUUGCAUUCCUCUCGUACUAUAUACCUGCUUUGCUGUCACAGCUGGACGUGACUUCCGAUACCUUCGUGCAGCGCCUGGCAGAAUGGAUUGGUAAUGACUGCGACGCGCGAUUGCUGGCGCAUGAAAUGGAGCUUUUCGUGCGCAGUGGCCGAGGUGGCUUAGGUCUUGACCAAUACGACACAAACCCCUGGCUUCAAUACGAUAACGUAUAA